CUCCAGGUUCCCAUCACCACCACCAUUGAUGAACAUCAUCGCGAACCAUGGCUGGCAAGAAGAACGCCAGAUCUGAGCCCGCUGCGGCACCCGCGACGACUGCCACAUCGACUCCUUCCGCGAAAGCACCCUUGACACCGACCAAGAACCCCAUCCCCAUCCCCACGCCUGCCCAGCCAAAAGCCGUCGCCGCGCAAGGCGGCUGGGCCCAAGUCUUCCAAAACCUGUACGAUUACUAUCUCUCCGAGACGCCGCAGCGAACCAAGCUCCUCGAUGUGUUUCUGCUCUUCCUCGUGCUCGUGGGCGCUUUGCAGUUCUUGUACUGCAUCCUAGCUGGAAACUACCCUUUCAACGCUUUCCUAUCAGGAUUCUGUGGGACGGUCGGGCAGUUUGUCUUGACGAUUUCACUACGGAUCCAGACCACUGAAGCAAACAAGGCCGACUUCCCCAAGGUAUCGCCCGAAAGGGCAUUCGCUGAUUACGUGGUCUGCAGUCUCAUCCUGCACUUUUUCUGCGUCAACUUCAUUAACUAGACAAAGCAAGCGAGGGGUUCGGCCAGGCAUUCGAUCUGGGAAAAGGUGUACAACAAGCCAUAGCAUUUCACGAGACAGGCGGCCAUAGACAGAUGAGUGGUUCA